AUGUGCAGGUCGGAGACUCAGCUUCAGGCCUUGAGUAUUGAGGACAGUGAGACAGAAGAAGAAAUUAAAAUUGCAGGUGAUGAUCCUCGAGGAAUUUGGCAACACCUGCGUCAUUAUCUGAAAGCUGCAAUAAAACCUUUCGACCUGGAUAGUCCUUGGGGAUACGGGGCUUUUCUCACCGCUUAUAUGAUCGUCAUCUUCGUGCAUCCUUUGCAUUACUACGCUUAUGCGAUCGAUUCCCAGCAUAAUUGCCUGGAAAUCAACAAUGAAUUGAAAGAGAAGGGGAUUGAACAUUUCACGUUUACUCAAGUACCCGUCUUGUUAAUGACGUUGACUAUACUUCCGGAUAUGACAAGGGGAGCAACGGACAAGAUCUUUCUGGCUACAACGAACUUGUUUCUUUUCGGAUAUAUGCUUCUAGUUAUCGGACUCUCGAUAACUAUCAGAAAUGCCUCCAAGCAGACUGGGUUUAUCGCCAAAGCCAAAUGGGCAAAGGCUGUGUUCAAUCUUUUCCUUUACUUGCAUGGAGGUAUUUGGAGCAAUCUGGUAUUGUUUUGCCAUCGACAGGAUUCUUUUCUGUUGGAGGGACGAAUAUAUUUCCGAGAAUACAUUGAGAUUUAG